AUGCCACAGAAGCCAGUAGCAACUUUUACGUGCGUGAUCAACCUUGACAAACACGAUGAUAAAGAGAUCAAACGAGCCGUUCUUCCACGAACGGCCGAAAGGUAUGAGCGGAGUGUGAAGAUUUUUGACCGAUUCCUUGAGCUGCACCCCGCUGCCUGCUCUCCCCCAGAUAUCAAAACCUACAAAGGGUUUUUGGAAUUUUACGCAAGGAACACAACAGGUCGAAUAGAGGAAAAGCCUACGACAGAGACCGUGGAGAAUUUCCGCCGGGACUUCGAAACAGCUCUUGCUCGGCUGAGGGGCUUCCGUGUCCCAAAGAACAUGUCUAAUACCUUGAAGGAGUACAUCAUAUCGGAUUUGAAGACCAAACUUAGUCUUCCAGAUGUUGAGAUGUCCAGAGAUGGACUCUCUCCAAAUGAUUUGACGAUCCUUCUAACACAGCUCUGGUGUCGGGACUUUAAGGAAUACCGCGGCCAGUUUCCUGACCGGAGUAGACUACAGCUUACCGCAUCAAUACUACUCUAUUGCUUUUCGUCCGCCCGAACUGGAGAGGUGCAUGAGUCAACAGCUCGCCGAUCUCUUGCCCGGCAGAAGGACGGCGGUGACAACAAUGACGCGAAUCUCCAAGCCAGUGCCAUGGCUGCAUGCUACAAGCAUUUUAUCCUCACCAUUGAACUGGUUGAUGGCAUUCCGAUGUUGGUGUUGACCUAUGCUCGGGAGUUCGUGAAGGGGUACUGGAGAAAGAAAAAAUGGGAACCUCCAGUGCAUGCUUUCUAUGAGGUGUACAAAGAGGAAGUCCCGCUCUUUUUCAACUUGAUUUUCUUCAUGCUUCCGUUGUUUUCUGCUGACUGUGCUUUUCGCCAUUACAAAUCAUAUACUGAGAUCCUUGAUGAAGUGGACUCCAUCAAGGUCAGCGACUUAGAGUCGCAGUCCAACCACGUUAUCUCCAGGAUCCAUUUUCGAAAAGAUCUCUUGGAUACUCCGGUAUUUAGGCCGUUCAGCGAGCUGGAUUGUGAAACCUCCACGGGUAGGGCAAGAGGUGCCGACGCAUUUGGAAAAGAGUUUGCUGCACUUGAGUAUCGGAGCGGGUAUGAACUGAAUGUUACUGCCUGUGCGUGUCGUCGAUGGGCACUGAUGGAAACUGAUAAGAAAUACUCCCAGACGGCUCGAAUGAAGCAUGCUUCUCACACUGAAGCAUGCACUUUUGGCCGAUUGUAUGCUCGUCCUGUGUGCGAAGUGGAUGGACCCGCAACCUACUUGAAUAUUGCUUCCCGCCAUGAGCAUAUUCAAAAUCGACGCAGCAUGGGCAUACACCGCAACCCAAAUCUGUGGCAAUCUCUACCUGCAAAGGCGGAAUUUGAAUUCCAGGAAUGA